GCAGGUGGCCGAGGCUGGAAGCCUAGCUGUCUUUACCCCCAAAGUGGGCAGCAGGUGCGGCCUACAGCUGCAUCCUUCAUCACCGUGACCCCCGGAGCCCACCCCCUCCAGACACCUGUGCUCCACCCCCCCACACCGGCCACCUCCACGGUCUCUGUCACAGGCAGGGCAUCUGCUCCUGAUAAGCCUUCUCCCAGGCAUGGUGACCCUCCUUGGCAUCAGGACAGCAUUCAACCCACAUGGAGCAAACUCUGCUUCAAAGCUAUAGAAAUCAGCUCGACUCCAUUGCAAUGGUCAGUGCCUUUGAGGCCACCGGCAGUGGUCACCCAGUAGCAGAAGCUCUGUGAGCCGGAAACUCCCUGCUCAGGGCAGCCAGUGGCAAACAGCCACACUUCCAGCCACUGAGAGCCACUCUUGGGGCCUGACGGGAAAGGGACCCCGCCAGCUCAGACACCUGCACAGGCCUCCGGCACCCAGGCAGGAUGAACUGAGAAGCCUGGAUCUCUUGAAGGAACCCCAGAUGGGAAACACCUUCUCCACAGACCCGAUUGCAGCACCAGAUCUAAAGGCAACCUUCAGAAUUUUUUUCCAGGUAAAACUAAGGUGAAACCUAAGGAUUAUAGAUUCAAAAUGUAACAGAAAAACAAGCAAACGCAUACACAAAGCUGAAGUUCUGGAGUGACACACACUUGGGUACAAAUCCCGGCUCUGCCUCUUCCUAGUGUUUGCCACGGGUGAGUCUCGGUUUUCUCAUCUGUAAAAUGGGGCAAUAACCCAGCUUCACAGGGUUACGUGGGGAGACAAAUGAAAGAUAGUACACAUGGUAGGCACUCCCUAAAUGCCAGCCACAUACAGUUUUCAAUGUUGUCAUUAAAAAAUUUUAAGGUUUUUGAAACUGUGAGUGGUGAUUUGGUUCCCCGUGUUACCAGAUUUAUCACUUUUGGGAAGAUAAGGAGAAACGAGCAUUGUCCACAGUCUCAGGAGUGACCACUGGUCACCCAAAUGCACUCCAGCCACCCAGGGAGGAGUUGUGGGGCCAGCAGGCAGCGGGGCCUCUCCACAGCCCUGGCCAGAGAGGGUGGCCGCGCAGGGGGGCCAGCCUGCGGCUGAGCCGCAUCCCCGCAGGCGAGACAGCACCCCAUUAUGAGGCUCCCGCAGCUGUGCCUUGCUCCAGAGAAAGCCCGUGAUUUAUUCCGAACGCCCAAAUGGGGCCUAAUUAUACAGGGCAGGACACAAGGCCCCUACGGCAAGUGUCCUGAAAGAGUCCCCUCUCACUGGCCCAAACAAGACUGCUCAGCCUGCCCCCCGGCAUUCACAAGACCCCUCCUGCCCGCCCAGCAGUCUUGGAAGCACUGGCCUGUUGCCAUGGCAGACAGCCCCCCUCAGGAGGAGCCAUCCCCUUCUGAAACGCCCUCUUGUGUCCGUCCGUCCAGCCCGAGCCCCCACCAGCCCUCGCCCACUCUGAGGCUCCGAAGACAGUCACACACUCAGCCUCUGUGACGCUGAGCAGCCAAGCUGGGGGGACGGGCUGGGGACACACUGGAAUAUUCACAGCCCCGGUGGCAGCAGCAGCAGCCAGAAGAGCAGUCUGCUACACAAGGGCCCCUCAGGAAUGAAGUGGCCUUUCAGGGCCAGAGGGCCUGCGGCCUCCCUUCCUCCCCUUAAAUAGCCAGCCUUCCUCCCACAGCUGCACGGACCCGCCGACGGCACCGCCACCCACGGGCACAGCUCACCUGCCAGCCUGAAGACUCCUGCCCCUUCCUCCCAGACCUGGCUCAAGGCUUGGCACCAGGCUCUGCCUCCAGCCAAAGCAUGAAUGGCCCUGAGGUAGCCUCCCCAGCUCUCAUGGCCAAUGCCUCCCUGGCCACCAUGGAGCGAUGCGGCCAGGAGACGCCACUGGAGAACAUGCUGUUUGCCUGCUUCUACCUCCUGGAUUUCAUCCUGGCUUUUGCUGGCAACACCCUGGCCCUGUGGCUUUUCAUCCGGGACCACAAGUCAGGCACCCCGGCCAAUGUGUUCCUGAUGCACCUGGCCGUGGCCGACUUGUCCUGUGUGCUGGUCCUGCCCACCCGCCUGGUCUACCACUUCUCCGGGAACCACUGGCCAUUUGGGGAGAUCCCGUGCCGGCUCACUGGCUUCCUCUUCUACCUCAACAUGUACGCCAGCAUCUACUUCCUCACCUGCAUCAGCGCUGACCGCUUCCUGGCCAUCGUGCACCCAGUCAAGUCCCUCAAGCUCCGCAGGCCCCUCUACGCCCACCUGGCCUGCGCCUUCCUGUGGGUGGUGGUGGCCGUGGCCAUGGCCCCACUGCUGGUGAGCCCGCAGACCGUGCAGACCAACCACACGGUCGUCUGCCUGCAGCUGUACCGAGAGAAGGCCUCCCACCAUGCCCUGGUGUCCCUAGCCGUGGCCUUCACCUUCCCGUUUGUUACCACAGUCACCUGCUACCUGCUCAUCAUCCGCAGCCUGCGGCAGGGCCCCCGCGUGGAGCAGCGCCUCAAGAACAAGGCCGUGCGCAUGAUCGCCAUGGUGCUGGCCAUCUUCCUGGUCUGCUUUGUGCCCUACCAUGUCAACCGCUCUGUCUACGUGCUGCACUACCGCAGCGGUGGCACCUCCUGUGCCGCGCAGCGCGCCCUGGCCCUGGGGAACCGCAUCACCUCCUGCCUCACCAGCCUCAACGGGGCCCUGGACCCCGUCAUGUACUUCUUUGUGGCCGAGAAGUUCCGCCACGCCUUGUGCAGCUUGCUCUGUGGGAAAAGGCUCACAGGCCCACCCCCCAGCUUCGAAGGGAAAACAAACGAGAGCUCGCUGAGUGCCAGGUCGGAGCUGUGAGCCCCGCGCCACCCGGGCCAGCCACGGACCACCUCGGGAGGACAGCUCCCCCAGGCUACUCGGGAGAAGCCCGCCAUCUUCCAGCCACCUGCUGAGCAAACAGCCCGAAACCUCAGCAGGUCCCUACCUGUCCGUCCAAGGCCUGAGCCCCUGGGUCACCCAGCUGUGCUCAGUCUCACCCCCCAAAAAGGGAGAACCAAAAAGAGGGAUCAACCAGCCACCCGCUGCAGGGACAGUCUUGGCUUACUCCUUGCGCUGGCUCCUACACAUUCCGUGGCAUCAUUCAUGGCUGGGGGUGGGGAACGGGGCCAGAGGAACAAUUCCUUCACAGUGAGGGUCUUUCUUUCCCUGCUAGUGUCCUUCCCUACAGAGAUGCACAGUUCUGCGCACUUCCCUUGCAGGCACACGUGUCCCCUUACGUGGCCUUUUUGCACUCAUCUGUACAAUCAUAAACACAACUAUAGCUUCGGGACUACGAAGGUUCGAUGUGCGGCCUGCAUGAGGCCUUCCCAGAACUCCCUUCAGCUCCAGAGCAGUGAAGCAGAGGCACAGGAGGCAGAGGCACAGCAGGCAGAGGCACAGGAGGCAGAGGCACAGCAGGCAGAGGCACAGCAGGCAGAGGCACAGCAGGCAGAGGCACAGGAGGCCUCUCGGGCUCUCCUGCCAGGGCUCUGGCGGCCCCAGGGCACGUCUGCCCCACGCAGACUGUGCGGUUCUGGAGGGUGUUCCGCGUGCCUGCCGGGGCUCCUGUGCCUCCCUCACUCCAGCUGCUGCUCUGCCCGUCAGAAGGCACCACUGUACUUCUGUGUCACCUUCUACUUUCCAACACACUUCUGGCCUCUUCCAGACGUCCCCAACCAAUCCAAGGGGCAGUGCCCUGUGCAAGCCUUGGCUUGGAAGGAGACAGACUCGCUCCUGGCACACACCUGGUCGGUGACCCCGCCAGUCAGGACAGGUCCCAGAGCUGCCUCUCGGCCCCUGCACUGCAGCCCCUGCCCCCACAGCCCCAUUUGGAUGUGGCCACGUGCCUCUGUGGGGCGGCACACACACCGGCAGCAUGGGCAAAGAACCCAGGAGGAACUCCAGGAGGGAAAGGAGUGCCAGGGCGCGUGGCCAGGGUCUCUGGAGGGGUGCUGCCUCUCGCGGACAUGGGAGUGGAGACGGCAUGUGGGCAGCUGAGGACAGCAAGGCAGAGGGCUCGGGCUGUCCAGACAUCCAUGCCAUUGGGGCGCUGGACUCUGUUUGCAAGGGCAGCCACAGGGCUGAGCACAGAGCCCGGACAGCCACCACGGAGAGACCGGAGGGUCACGCGCUGGAACAGGACAGUGAGUGGGUGAAGCCACGAAGCCAGAGGGAACCACGAGAACUCCGGGUCCCGGGCGCCAGGAGGAUGUGUUUCUGCACCUCAGCAGCUACAGUGAGAGCUGCCGAGGUCUGAGUCCCGAGCAGACCUGGCAGUGGGACGCGGGGGGGAGCUGUUGGGAGUGCUGGGGGAGGCCCGAGGGUGCUGUGACCUGGGGCUCCCCAGCCCCACCUUUACAAAGGGGGAAGGAGAGGAGAAGGGAGCCCUGCCUCGGCGCAGGGUGAGCAGGCCACGCCCCAGAGGCAGGGCCACAGGUGCUGGGGCAGGGUUCCCAGAGCUUGUGCCCCAGGACGGGAGAGUGAGGCCACCCACUGCAGGGGAGGACAGGGGGCACUGCAGGGAGGGCAAGACAGCAAGCCUUCUGGGAGGGGGCAACUCCCUGAGCACAGUGAAAUCUGUGGCCCUGAAUUUAGAGUAAAUUCGGGCAACCUGGUUGAGCGAUUUGCUCCAGGACACUCAAUCUGUGGGUACAGGCAGGGGAGGGGUCAGCAGGUGGGGUGGCUGGGGGGUUUCUGAUGACUUCCGAGAGGCUGUCAGCAAGGAGCACUUGAGCCUGGGGCCCUCCCCGAGCAGGCGCUGGCUCCAUCUGCACCCGCAAACCGGGCGCUGCUCUCUGGCCCUGCGGGAAGGGGCUGGGCAGCGGCCACAUCCGUUCAGGCAGGAGAGCCCAGCACGUGCCGGCCCUCCGCAAGUGGUGCCUGCAGGCAGGGCAUCCUCCCCGCCCAGGACGCCACCUCACCUGCCCGCAUAGAGCCCAGCACGUGCCGGCCCUCCGCAAGUGGUGCCUGCAGGAAGGCCAUCCUCCCCGCCCAGGACGCCACCUCACCUGCCCGCAUUC